AUGGGGAUUAACGCGAGCAGGGACACCCUCCGCGAAGAGGCGCGGGAGUCGCUGCAGUCGGACGUGUACGUGGACGGAGGCACGCAGCCACGACACCUGAUCGUCUUCGCGAACGGCCUCUUCGGCUCCCCGGCGAACUGGGACUUCAUGGUGGACUCGGUGAUGCGCAGCAUGAAGGACAAGCAGCCGUUUGCGCACUGUGUACUGCACAAGUCGCAGGAGAACGCGCUGCUGCGGACGUUCGACGGGAUCGACGUGUGCGGCGAGCGCCUGGCGCGCGAGAUUCGGUUCGAGGUAGAAAGAAACCCAACCCUCAAGAAGAUUUCUCUGAUUGGGCACUCCAUGGGGGGGUUGAUCGCGCGGUACGCCGCCGGCAAGCUGUACGACCCGCAGACGGGCCUGAUCGCGGGCCUCAAGCCCAUGCAUUACGUUUCGAUGGCGACGCCGCACCUGGGCGUCGCGGGCGAGGAGGGAGAGAACAGCGUGCCGUUCAUCGACUGGUCCGAGGUGCUUCCGAAGGGUCCCCAGAUCGGCAAGCUCCGCCCGUGGGACCUCACGAGGUUCCUUCGAGACAACGCGGCGCCGGUGACGACGCUCGCGCUGGGCCGCACGGGCGCGCAGCUGUUCCUCGAGGACGGCGACGCCGCGGACCGCGCGCGCCAGAACGAGCCGGGCGCGCUGGCCGCUGCGAUGCAGUACCGCGCGAAGCUCGGGGGGUGGUCUACGGGACUCCCCCCCGAGCUGGAGAUGUCCCGCGCGGCCGCGAACGCGUGCGCUGGCGACGACGGCGCGGCGCAGGGCAACGGCCGCAGCGCGAGGGAGGUCGCGGGCGCCGGCCCGGAGCCGCCCGGCGCGACCAACGGCAGCAGGGGGGCGGGCGCGCCGAAACCGCCGCCAGGCAUGGAGCGGCUCGGUGCGGAGCCGGACGGGUCGACGGUGACGCUCGCGGACAUGCCGCUGGUGUAUCGCAUGGCGUUCGACGUCCCGGAGCGGCGUGAGUACUUCAUUUCCGCACUCAAGGCGUUCAAGUCACGCACGUGCUACGCGAACGUCGACCUCGACCACCUGGUGUCCUGGCCGAACUCGUCCCUGCGCGCCAGCAACGCCCUCCCCGCGUACGACCCCGAGCGCCUGCGCGAGGCGCGCGGCGUGGUCCACGCAGACCCGCUGCCGUGCGCAUGGGACGGCGAGCUGUCGCGCAGGGAGGCCCGGGCAGCAGCGGAGGCUGCGCGACGGGCUGCCCCCAACAGCGCGGAGGCGGUGCGCAUCGCCAUGAGGGGGUCUAGGUAUCCAGAGGUGCCGGAGGGGGGGGGUUUCAGCUGCGGCCGGACGCGGAGGAGACGGAGGAGGGUCGGAGCGGUUCGGUGCUGGAGCGCACAGACACGGUGGAGGACCCGUCAGACGGCAUGGAGCUGGUACCCCCCCGGGGGUGUUCCGUGUCGAUAA